AUGGUGCCAAUCGGUCGCAAAUGCUCCCCUGAGAGGUUUGGCGGUCGAAAGAGAAGACUUUUUAUCAGAGUAAAAGAAAUCAACCCUCGAAAACUUAACCGGCAGAAAAGAUUUUUUGAAAAAUCGCUAAUCCCUGGGGUCACAAUUCCUUCAAAUAUCUUACUUCGGGCAUUUCCCUCAAAAACGGUGCCAAACGGUUGCAAAUGCUCCCCUCACAGGUUUGGCGGUCGAAACAGAAGGCUUUUAUUACAGGACAAGAAAUCAGACCUUGACAACUUAACCGGCAGAAAAGAUUUUUUGAAAAAAUCGCUAAGCCCCGGGGUCACAAUUUCUGAAAAAUCUGACUUUUGGCAAUUCACUCUAAAAUGGUGCCAAUAG